AUGUCAAUCGCCGUGGAACCUGAGAGACCCUCGGCGGCGGCCGAUGUGGAAUACCAGCUCCCGACCGGAGAUGAGAAAACCCAAGCGACACCAGCGGUGAUAGAGUCGUCUUCGCCAGAGGAGGAUGUUGGUGGGGAGCAGGCGCGACAAGGAAAACGAUGGCCCCUGUUUGAGUAUAUGAAGACCCGCGAUUUCUGGAUUCUGCUGGCCAUGGGUCAAGUUAUCGCGUUAGCCAACAUUAGUUCCUCCACCUUCUCCUCGCUUUUGUCCAACGAGGGCACCAGCAUCCCCGCCUUCCAAACCCUAUGGAAUUACGUCCUUCUCAAUUUGGUCUACACGAGCAUCACCCUCUACAAGUACGGGUUCAAGAAAUGGUUCCGCAUGCUGUACACCGACUGCUGGAGAUAUUUUAUUCUGUCGUUCCUCGAUGUCGAGGGGAAUUACUUUAUGGUACUGGCCUACCGAUACACGUCGUUGCUGAGCGCAGAGCUGUUUAGCUUCUGGACGAUUAUUUGCAUCGUGAUCAUUUCCUUCAUCUUCCUCGGCGUCCGCUAUCAUAUCACGCAAUAUCUCGGGAUCUUCCUCGCCUGUGGUGGGUUGGGAAUGCUCAUCGCCUCCGACUACUUGCGCGGUGCGAACUACGCGGCGGAGGACCGAGUCAAGGGGGACCUUUUCGCCCUGCUGGCAUCCACCAUUUAUGCCUUCAGCAACCUGUUUGAGGAGUUCAUGGUAUCCAAACGCCCGAUGUACGAGGUGGUCGGUCAGAUGGGCUUUUGGGGCAUGCUCAUUAAUGGCGUGCAGUGUGCCAUCUUCGACCGCACUUCCUUCCACGGAGCCACCUGGAAUGGUAAAGUGGGUGGCUAUAUUGCCGGAUACACCAUCGUCCUGUUCAUCUUCUACACCUUGGCCCCGAUCAUGUUCCGCCUUUCAUCCGCGACUUUCUUUAACAUCUCCCUUUUGACGAUGAACUUCUGGGGUCUGAUUAUCGGUCUGAAGGUUUUCCAUUACUCCGUGCAUUUCCUGUAUCCGAUUGCCUUUGUCCUCAUCAUUAUCGGCCUGUUUGUUUAUUUCAUCAAGGAGGGCCAGAUGGGUGAAUCGAACAAGCCGUGGCUGGGCAAGGACCAAGAGAAGGGCGUGGAUGGAGUGGGAACUGGACGACGAGCGCAACAAACCGGACAUGCCGUUGUAUGA